AUGGCUGCUAGCGUUAGGGACUGGGCCGACCUUCCCUACGACCUCCUAAACCUGAUACUGUCAAAGAUGACGGCGACGGAAAGGCAUAGCUUCAGCCGUGUGUGCAAGCUCUGGAACUCCGCGGCCGCCACGUCACCAUACGGCCCCUCGCCCUGCCUCAUGUACUACCACCGCACCAAAUACACGUGGCGAUUCUUCCACCACAACUCCUUCUUCAACCUGACCUUUCCCGAUCUCGAGCACGCCGAGAUCCGCUGCGCCCGGCACGGCUGGCUCCUUGUGUCCCUCCCCGACAACAUUACCCUCUUCUUCUUCAACCCUCUAGGCGGCGGCGAUGUUGGCCUGCGGCGGAUCCACCUCCCGCUCAGCCCCGGACACUUCACGACCGUCGGAUUUGUCCGGCCACCGACCUCGUCAGAAUGCGUCGUGGUCGGGAUUUCGAUGGUUAACAUCAAGGACAGUCCCGUUCGGGUGUCUUUGCUCCGGCACGGCGAGAUGGAGUGGGCGGUCAACGAGUACCCAAACGUCAAGGCCGGAAAGCGCCGGUUCCUGGCCUCGCAGGUAGCCCCCGUCGCCCACCGCGGCCGGAUCUGCUUCCUGGGGGUGGAUGGCGACGUCGGGAUCUUCUGCCCCGAGUCGGGCCGGUGGGUGGUUCGGGCCAGGUGCCUCGGGCGGCGGCGGGGUCACUGGGCUCAGACGAAGAUCAAGGAUCAGUUUCUGCUGAGGAUCGACGGAGCGCUCGUGGGGGUGUUUGUUUUCCACGAUGAGGGGAGGGUGAUGGUGUUUAGGCUGUCGGAGGCGGAGGAGCGCCGCCGCGUGAGGUGGGUGCCGGUGGAGGACGUCGGGGACAGGGCGCUGUACCUCAGCCACGCGUCGUCAUUCUGGUGCCUGGGGAGGAACGGGAACAACAACAGGGUUUACCUGCCGAGGUUGGCCGGGGACGCGAGCGCCGCCGUGUUUUAUUCUCUGACGACGGGGAAGUACCACUCGGUCGACGACGGCGGCGCGUGGGGCGACGCGUACGGCCUCAUGAGGAUGGAUCUCGCGGCGUGGGUGACACCGGACCCACCCGCCCGUGGGACCCGAGUAGCGCUGCCGGCGGGUCGGGUCGGGAUAUCAAGCGGGAAUCAUGAAUCAGAAUUGCAGGAAUCAUGA